AUGAAAUCUACACCCAAUCAACUAUUAGAUUAUCGUUGUCGUCUUGGAAGUCCAACAUCAUUAGGACGUUCAGGUAUUAGUCAAAUGUAUCAUUUACAUGUGCUCGAAGGUGAAGGACAUAAAAUAUUACAAGAAUUAUUUCCCCAACUAAAAGAUAAAUUAUUAAAUGAAUAUGAUCAUCAUGUUGAUUCAUCAUCGAUUGAUUUGUAUGGUGAUUUUAUUAUUAAUUGUACUGGUCGAAAUACAUCAUCAGUCAAAUGGUUAAAAGAAAGUUUUAAUUUAAUUGUACCGACUAUACAAAUACAUUUUGGUUUAGGUUAUGUUACAUUUAUUGGUGAAAGAUUUAAAACUGGAGAUCCAUCGCUGGAUUCAAAGCAUAUAAUUGGUUACGCACUUAACGCUCCCGAUAAAAAUGCAGGAUUUGGUAUAACUCCAAUACGUGAAAUAAAGACAAUGGAUGAAAAUUCGUUAGGAACAUUAUCAACACUUCCGCUUCAAUGCGUUAAUUACGAAUAUCCAUCAAAUGAUUCCUAUGAAAAUUUAUUAGAGUGGAUAAAAGAAAAGUUGGAUCCAGAAUGUUAUUCAAUAUUUAAAUCAACAAAAGUAUGUAGUCCAUUAGUUUCAUAUCGUCGUGCGAUUGAUGAUCGAAAGUGUGUUGAACAAUUAGGUAAAAAGUGGCCUCAAAAUUAUGUACUAUUGGGUGAUGCAAUAUGUACAUUUAACCCUACAUAUGGACAGGGUAUGACACAUGCAUGUAGACAGGCAAGAGAAUUAAGAAAAAUAUUUCAAGAGAAUUGUCAUAAGUUAAAAGAUAUUUCUCACAUUUUCAAUCGUCGUGCUUCAGCAAUUACUGAAGAAUGUUGGCUUCUUUCGACCACAAAUGAUUGGAAAACACUAACAUUAAAAAUUAUAAAGGGUGACCCAGAAGUCCUGACUCGAUUUGUAUAA